CUACUAAAAAUUCAAAAUACUUUACAUCUGUUCUAUAAAAUAUAUAUUUAAAAAAUUUUUAAUAUUUGAAUAUAAAAAUAGUAAAAAAUAUAUAAAAAUAUAAUAUAAUAAAAAUUAGAAAAAUUGAUAUUUAAUUAGAAAAAAAAUUCUUAAUAUAAAAGAAAGUGGAAUUUUAUGGAUUGGUGGAAAACAGUGAAAAUUAUAUUUAAAAAGGAAAAAAGUUUAAUUUAAUGAAGUUUUGUUGAAUUUAACUAAAGUUGUGAAUAAAAAAAAAUUUGGUACAAUGAAUGCAAUAAAAAAAAGAUUGCAAACACUAAAGAUCGAGAAAGAUCUUGCUCUAGAAAGAGCGGAUGCUUGCGAUCAACAGUCUAAAGAAGCCAAUAGACGAGAAGAAAAAUUAAUGGAUGAAGUGUGUGCAUUAAUGAAAAAAUUAUCACAAAUGCAACAGGAUUUAAAAAUCAAUAAAUCACAAUUGAUUCAAUCUAAUUUAAAUUUAGAAAGAAAGGAGAGAGCUUUUAUGAUGGCACAAUCUGAAUUGGCGAUGCUAAAUAGAAAAAUGCAACAAUGUAUGGCAAAUCUAGAAAAGUCUGAGGAACGUCGAUUGGCUGCUCAAGCCAAACUUGCACAAGCUUUAGAAACUGCUGAAGAUGCCAAAAGAAUAUGUAAAGUUUUGGAAACAAGAAGCAAACAGGAUGAGGACAGAAUGGACAAUUUAACAGCACAAUUGAAGGAAGCGAGAAUAAUUGCCGAAGAUGCAGACAACAAAUCAGAUGAAAUUUCACGAAAAUUAACAUUUGUUGAGGAUGAAUUGGAAAUUGCUGAAGAUAGAGUAAAAUCCAGUGAAGCGAAAAUCGCUGAACGUGAAGACGAACUUUUUAUUGUUGGUAAUAUUCUCAAAUCUUUGGAAGUAUCCGAGGAGAAGGCAAAUCAAAGGAUCGAAGAAUUUAAAGAUCAAUUGGAUAAUCUUACGGCAAAACUAAAUGAGGCAGAAAAACGUGCUAUUUUUGCUGAAAAGUCGGUGAAACUUUAUUUGAAAGAAUUGGACAAUCGAGAAGAUCGACUACGUAGAGAAAAAGAAAAAUUCAAGUACAUGUGUGACGAUUUGGAUUCAACUUUUGCAGAUUUGACUGGUUAUUAAAAAAUCAUUGUCUACAUGAAUAAACAAAAAAUUUGAAUAAAAAGAUGGAAAGAAAAUGGUUAAA